UUGCACUGGUAAUGUGCUGGAUAAAGAAGGUCCAGAUAGGACAACCUUACAGCCCACCUCAUUUCUGCAGAGAGCUUCAUUUCCUUACAGCUCGCCUUCUUCCAAUUACCAAGCCACAAUUCAUCCAUAUCGUCAGUCACAAACUUUGGCUAAUCGAUCAGGCCAUGGCAUUGCACAACCAGUUACCCCAGCAGUUCCUUCAGUGCCUAAAGCUAAGAUGUUAAAGGCAGAAUCAAUCCCACUGACAAAAUUACAGGCUGUGCACAAGGGGCAGAAAAUACCAUGGCUCUUACGCUGUUGCCGGUCAACCCUACGAAGCCCGACCACGUGGAAACCUAUAGUGGCUGUGGGGACGACAGUUUUGCAGUCUGAACCACAAACUGACUGGAUUGAAACCCACAAAGCCUUAAAAACAAGACUGGUCCCUCAAGAAACAACCUCAAAACUGCAACUAUCAACCAGUCAGAAAACGGUAACUCCUGUUCCGGUCACAACCAAGGGACAUGUAUAUAAGACUGUCUCCAGGGCAACUGGCCAGCACACCACAAAGCUGAGGAAACACACAACAACUGAAACAACAAGUUUUGCAGCCCACAAGAGCAUGCCAACUGUCCAGACCAGUCCACCGAUGCUGACCACUCCAGCUGGACCAACGCUUACAUGUCAACCAUCACCAGCUGUUACAGGCACUUACCGUGUUUCCAAUGGAACAGCAGAUUGUAUUAAAGCGUUAAUUGGCUUGACAAUGAUUGUUACAAACACAAACACGGAUGAUCUAGAAUAUUUUAAUAUUGAUCCAAAUGCCACACACACAACAGGACAUUGUGGAUAUGGCCAAUCAAUGCUCAACAUCUCAUUUGAAGGUGGCUUCAUACGUUUUACUUUUACUAAGAAGGGAGAGAUCUAUUAUAUCAGCACGGUUGAAGCUUCUCUGUCAGUUCUCUCGCAAGGUUGUGUGUACAACAGGAUUAAAAAUGACCAGCUCUUCUCCACAGCUGUGGGAAACUCCUUCAAAUGUCUCAGUAAGCAAACAGUGGUCCUGGCCAACAAUUUUCAGCUGCAGGUUGCCAAUUCCCAGCUUCAAGCCUUUGAUAUCAUUGAUAACCAGUUUGGAAAAGCGGAAGAGUGCCCUUUGGAUAGAAACAAGAGGCUGAUCCCAGCAACUAUUGGCUUCAGUCUGGCAGGAUUAAUUGUCAUCAUCCUGGUCUCCUGUGCGAUUUACAGAAGAAAAACUCACUCAGGAUACAGUCGUAUCUGAAUCCCGAAGUUUGUUUAUAAAAGAGUGCAGCAGCAAUUGAAAAGUUCAGGAAGAAUGGAAGGUUCUGCUUGCUUUGCUGUGGCAAUCAGAUGUGCAAAUAGCAGUUGAGCAUCUUUAAGUGAUUUUUUAUAUUCUGACUAAUCAAAAAUUAAUCAGGUCAAUGCACACAUGCAUACACACUCAAUUAUCUAUAUACAAUGGCAGCAGUGUAUUUAUUUGCUUGGGUGUUAUUAGUUUUUUAU